AUGCUGUCUGGAACUAUCCCUGCUGAUAUUGGCGACAGGUUCCCUGGCAUAGAAACCCUUAGCUUCUCUUACAACCGGUUCAGUGGAGCUAUCCCACCUUCGGUCUCCAACCUCUCUGCUCUCAUAGAACUUGGCCUCGCAGGAAAUGGAUUUAUUGGACAUGUGCCUCCUGCUCUGGGGAUGUUGCAAGGUCUCACUGUCCUGGACUUGGGUGACAACAGGCUACAAGCCAACGACAGUCAAGGGUGGGAGUUCAUAACCUCCCGGACGAACUGCAGCCAGCUUCAGAAUCUGAUUCUUGGCAACAACUCUUUCAGUGGUAAAGUGCCCGGUUCAAUCGCCAACCUAUCGACGACUCUCGAAACUCUUUAUCUGGGAGACAAUAGGAUUUCUGGAGCUAUUCCAUCGGACAUCGGCAAUUUGGUUGGUCUGAAAUUACUUGAGAUGGCAAAUAACUCCAUAUUUGGAGCGAUCCCGGAGAGCAUUGGUAGGCUAGAAAACUUGGUUGAGUUGGGCCUUUGCAACACUAGCUUGUCAGGCCUCAUACCUCCAUCACUAGGAAAUCUUACACAGCUGAACAGGCUUUAUGCAUACUAUGGCAAUCUAGAGGGGCCCAUUCCAAGGAGCCUGGGAAACUUGAAGAAUGUAUUUGUCUUUGAUCUGUCAACAAAUCGACUCAAUGGUUCAGUUCCCAAAGAGGUGCUAAAACUUCCUCAGCUUUCUUGGUACUUAGACUUAUCAUACAAUGCAUUGUCUGGGCCACUCCCAGUUGAAGUUGGUAGCUUGGCAAACCUUAACCAACUGAUUCUAUCAGGAAACCAGUUGUCAAGCAGCAUACCUGACAGUAUUGGAAAUUGCAUUUCACUGGAACGGCUGCUGCUGGAUCAGAACUCAUUUGAGGGAAUCAUACCUCAAUCUCUGAAGAACUUAAAAGGUCUCGCCUUACUGAACCUGACCAUGAAUAAGCUGUCUGGUAGUAUUCCUGAUGCCCUUGCUAGUAUUGGCAACCUGCAACAGUUGUAUUUAGCACACAACAACUUUUCAGGUUUGAUUCCAGCAGUUCUACAGAACCUGACACUAUUGUCGAAAUUGGAUUUGUCCUUCAAUGAUCUCCAAGGUGAAGUGCCAAAAGGGGGUGUUUUUGCAAAUGCAACGUCCUUGUCGAUUCACGGAAAUGAUGAGCUUUGUGGCGGAGCGCCUCAACUACAUUUAGCUCCAUGCUCCAUGGCUGCUGUGGAUAACAAAAGACAAGUGUCAAGAUCCCUUAUGGCCACCCUAAUAUCAAUUGGCGCACUUGUAUUCUUAGGUGUACUAGUUGCUCCUAUUCAUUUGAUCCACAAGAGGUUCAGACAAAGAAAGGCAAGCCAACUCGUUUCCACACUAAUUGAUGAACAGUACGAAAGGGUUUCUUAUCAAGCAUUGUCAAAUGGAACUGGUGGUUUCUCAGAGGCUAAUUUGCUCGGACUAGGAAGCUACGGUAUUACCACAGCUGUAAAGGUGUUUAACAUACGACAGUCUGGGUCCACUAGAAGUUUCGUGGCUGAGUGCGAGGCACUGCGAAGGGUACGUCACCGUUGUCUCAUAAAGAUCAUCACCUGUUGUUCAAGCAUCAAUCAUCAAGGUGAAGCAUUCAAGGCACUGGUUUUUGAGUUCAUGCCGAACGGUAGUCUAAAUGAUUGGCUGCAUCCAGUAUCUAAAGUACACACUCUGAGUAAUACGCUCAGCCUAGCUCAGAGACUAGACAUUGCUGUAGACAUCAUGGAUGCUCUAGAAUAUCUUCACAGUCAGUGUCAGCCACCGGUAGUCCAUUGCGACCUCAAGCCAAGUAACAUCCUCCUUGCAGAGGAUAUGAGUGCCCGGGUUGGAGAUUUCGGCAUAUCGAAAAUCCUUUCUGAUGGCACUAGUAAAACCCUGCUAAAUUCAGUCAGCUUCACUGGACUGAGGGGCUCCAAUUGGUUAUGUCGCUCCAGGUAA